AUGGCGCGGCGGCUGAGCAGCCCCGGCCGCUUCUCCCCGCCGCGCGCUUUCGCCGACGCCUACAGCUCGGAGCCUGAGGCGGCGGGGGGCGAAGGCUUGUUGGGGCGCCAGGGCCUGGCGCAAAUGUACCGCGACGAGGCGCGGGCGGUGCUGCCGCGGAAGGGCAAGAGCAGGAGCUCCUCGCAGCACCGCAGCAAAAGCCACGCCGCCGCCGCCGCCCACCAGCGCCACCCGGCCGCCUGGCCGCAGUACCACCUGGCCCCGGCAGGCGAAGGCUGCGCCACCCCUUACACCACCUCGUGCACCACCCUCUACGGCGGGGAACUCCAAGCCCACCCCGAGCCCACCAGCCGCUCCCCAGCGGGCAGAGGCACUCGCGUGGAGGAGCUGCUCCGGGACGACCAGUGGGCCAGCCCUGUGGCCAGGCCCCUCGAGUAUGGCGCCGACUUCCCUAUUGACGCCAGCAAGCCGCCCUCCAUCUGCCCCUCUUCCUUCUCCUUCUCCCAGCUGGAGAAGCUCUCUCCCAAGCUGGAGAAGAAGGAGCUGAAGCCAAGGAGUUGGCAGGAGCCCUGCGAGAGCAGCCCCAGUAUAACGGAGCUCAUGCACUCCUUUGCUAGGCCAUACGAGGACGAUGAGCCGCAAGCUUACCUCAGUCGUGACCCAAAUGGACAGCACCACCGCCAGCACUACUACCGCCACCAUAAGUCCCGGAAAGGAGACCCCCAGAUGAGUGUCCAGGAUCUCACUGACAAGAGGUACCAGGAUUUGAUCCCUGAAAGGGACAAAAAGAUUGCAGCUCUGAUGUUGGCCAGGCACCAGGAGGAGGAAGAGAUGAAGGACAGGCAGCUGCAGGUCUCUGAGGCUUGGGAGAAGAUGAGGCGGAAGGAAAGGAAGCACAAAGCACGGAUGGAAAAGGAGAGACAGUACCAGCUGGUGGAAAAUCUAGACCAGUGGCAAAGGGACCGAGAUCAAAGAAAAGCCAAGCUCAGGUUGGAAGAACAGCAGCUGUUGGUGGCCAGAGAGAAGGAAAUGAUGUUACGGGACAAAAAGUGGAAGAAAAUGGCCAAAGAGCAGGAGAGUAGGCGGAGGAUGAAACUGGACAGCAGUAAACUUCAGGCUGACUACAGGAAACGUUGUCAGGAAAGGCAGCUGUGGGACAAAAAGUUAAAUGACAGGAAUGCUAAGGAACACUCCUCCCAUAUGUAUAAGGAGCAGAUGCUGCAGGCCCUGGAGAAGAGGCUGAUGAAGGAAAUGGAAAGGAAAAGGAAGAGAGCAGAUACCAAUGAAUACAAAAAAGCCAGGCACAUGCACAUGAAGGAGCGGGUGGAUGACAGACUCAAAGCUGAGGAGCUCUACAAAAGGCUCUGUAUUGAACAGAAGCUCCAGAGAUCCCAAGAAAUCCUGGAGCAACUGCUUGAAGAAAGGAAUCGAGAAUUAAAAGAAAAAUCUUGCAAGGAAGAAGAACAAGGCUUGAUAGCCAAGGUUAGAGCAAAAGAGACUGAGGAAGAAAAGAGAAGGCGCAAGGAAAUGUUGCUACAGAUAGCUGAGAUGAAGAUCCAGCAAGCCAAAGAAAUCAUGACCAAAAAUAUCCAAGACAGAGCGCAACGUACAAGAGAAAUUAACUGCAUGAAACAAAGAAACCAUCACUGCCGCAAACAGAAGCUUGAUGAUGAAGAGAAAUGUCACCUGCGGGAAAUGCAAGAAGCCAUAAGAAGGAAAAAUCAGAAAAGCAAUCAGAUUCUAAGGGACAAGGAGACCGCUAUUGAGGAAUCUCGGAGAAUAGCCAAAGCAUCUUAUGACCUGAGAGAAAAAGUGAGAGAUCUGAUAAACCACGGUUCAUUUGAUCAGAUGGCUUUUGAUGCCCAUCGCAAUGCAAGCCUCCUUAGGGGGCUGUAGAAGACAUUCCAUACUGUCCUGUGCAAGGAAAAAAAGAUGGUUGUAGUGCAUUCAUUUUGUAGAACUCUGCAUUGCUGUACACUAAAGUGGUUUCAGCCUUGAUUACUGUUUGACUCGUAAGUGUUUGCAAGGAUUAUGGUUUAAAGGAGUUUAUUAUACACGUAUUGAAAGUCUUUAUCAGUUGCGUGUGUAAUUUAAUUGUGUAUAGA